AUGCGUCACAGUUCUUGUAAGUAUUUUAGCUGAAACUGGCAACUCAGUGAGAAAUCCCAAAUUUCUGGGUGUCACUUCGUCUGAUGUUGGUGUGAGAGUGUCUCUAAGGAUUUACUAUUUUUGUGUAGUAAUCAAUGAAUUAGUUACAAUCAAACACAAGGAAUAGAUAAAACAACACACCGGCUUAUCAUUUAUAGCAUUUCAUUCAUCAAUUUUUCAUAGUUUUGGAAGAUAAGUAGUACUGUAAGAUCGCUUUACGGCGCUACAUGCAUGUGUAUGUUAAAUCAGUAGGAAUAACAAAGUCUUAAAGUAUCGCGAUUAUUUUCAUAAGCUAAAUAUUAGUGCUUUUACUUGAAGAAAAUUGAUUACUGACAGACAUGAGGCUGAUAAUUUUGAACUUAUUUACUAUUUUAUUGGCAUGUGUUAUGGCUACAUCCUCCAGGGAAGAGGAGGAUGCCAGCGAUAGCGUGGAUUCGGGACCAAAUCAUUUCCAACCGAUGGUGGCCGUAUUAUGUGGUCAUGGAAAAUUAUUGAACAAAUAUCUGGACGAAAAUCGACGUUGGGUCACUGACUCAGACCCAAAAGCUAUUUGCACAAAGGAUAAACUUGAAAUCCUGGAAUACUGUCGAAAGGUAUAUCCGUCUAAGGACAUCACAAAUAUUGUAGAAUCCAGCCGCUAUUUCAAAAUCGAUAAUUGGUGCAAGCCUGGUCAAAAGAAGUGUAAAGCUAGUCAUUGGGUUAAACCAUACAGAUGUCUUCAAGGACAAUUCCAGAGCGAUGCCCUGCUUGUUCCAGAACAUUGUCUCUUCGAUCAUAUUCAUAAUCAAAGCAUUUGCCAGACAUUUGAUGAGUGGAACAAUACUGCAGCCCACAGUUGCCUUGAUAGAACUAUGCAGCUGAGAAGCUUUGCAAUGCUUCUGCCUUGUGGUGUAGAUCUAUUUUCUGGUGUUGAAUUUGUUUGCUGUCCUAAAAAUGACAAAGAUACUGGCAUAGUAAAUGACGACGGUCGCAAAGGAGAUAGUGGGGUUGAUUCAGAAGAUGGCUCAAAUGAGGAUGAAGAUUAUGACGAUGACUAUUAUGAUGAUGAAGAUUAUGAUGAUGAUAACAAUGAUGAUGAUGAAGACAUGUCUCGAGCAUCCACUACUACUUCAACCACCACCACUACUACAACAACUACAACCACUACUACAACAGAGAGGCCUGUUGAUUACUAUUAUAGUCAUUUUGACAAGAAACAUGAACAUGAAUUUUUCAAAGAAGCCCAAAAAUCCUUAGAAGAAAGUCAUAGAGAAAGAGUUACAAAAGUCAUGAAAGAAUGGAGUGAGUUGGAAGAACGUUACCAAGAAAUGAAAGUUAAGGAUCCCAAAGCUGCAGAAGAUUUCAGGAAAAAAAUGAGUGCUAGAUUCCAAAAGACUGUAGAAGCUUUGGAGGAGGAGGGAUCUGCUGCUAAGAGACAAAUGUCAGCAAUGCACCAACAACGCAUCAUGUCAAUCAUCAAUAUGAGGAAGAAAGCUGCUAUGGAUUGCUAUACUGCUGCAUUGGAUCAGGCAAAUCCAAAGACCAAGAAAAUUGAGAAAUGCUUAGAGAAACUGCUUAGGGCCCUAGAAAAAGACCGCCGACACACCCUCAACCAUUAUCGCCACCUGUUGAAUUCUAAUCUUAAACAGGCUCUGAAUGAAAAGGAAGCCACACUUGAGCACCUAGACAGCCUUAAUAAAAUAGCUAAUCAGAGCCUUUCUAUGUUGGAUAGAGUUCCCAAUGUUGCUGAGAAAAUUAGGAUGAGGAUGGUUGCUGUUUGGCAUCAUUUACAUGGAUUAGGACCCAAAGCAGCUAUCACACGUGAUGUAGAUGAAGCUAUUGUGGAGAAAUAUAAGGAAGAAGUUACUGAGAAGCAAAAGGAACGAGAAAGACAGAAGAAACUGAUGGAAGAAAGGAGGCAGGAAUUGAAAGAAUUACGUGAAGAAAAGAAGCGAGUUAUUGCCAAUCAUGGUGGCAAACUAGACAGAGAAUUUGAUCCUGAAUCAAUGGAAGAUGAGAGCAUUAUUGAAAGUACACCAAUGCCUCAGCCAGUAAAGUUGGCGGAUCUGUCAGGUGUUGAACAUAACUCUGUUGAUCACGAAGAUAUUCCCGUACCCAAACUGGCUCAUAUACAGAACCAACCAUUCCACCAUAAUGAAGUUACAUUUUCUGUCAGAAAAGAAAGCAUGGAGAGACUGAGAUGGAAUGGAAGUGUGUACAUUACUUUGGCCUUUGCUGGUGUUGCACUUCUCACUGCAAUGAUUGUUGGCAUAGUCCUGCUGCGGCGACACUCGCAUCGCUCCCCACAUGGGCAGGGAUUUGUUGAAGUGGACCAGGCUGCAACCCCUGAAGAGAGGCAUGUAGCCAACAUGCAAAUCAACGGUUACGAAAACCCAACCUAUAAGUAUUUUGAAACCCAGAGCAAUUGAAGAUUUAUUUUUAAUGUUUUACUUUACACCACUAACCGAACACUUAACUAGCAUUUUAGUCGUUGCCAGUUUUAGUAGGGGGGAUUUAUUAUAUGAAAUAUUUUUUAUUUUGUAGUUUGAUAGCUUUCUUGCUAAAUAUAGAAAGUCUAUGAAAGGAACAUUACUUUUAAUGGUGUGACAAAAAAAUUCUUUUAAUCUCUCGAUUUGAAUUUUAGAAGGAAUUGUUUUGCUGAGUUAUGUGACUCAAUAUGAUACUUAACGCAUUUUUUAAAAAUUUUUGUUUCCUCUUGUUUGCAUUUUUAUUAGAUUCAUUAUAGAAACAAAUUAAGUUGAUUAAUAUAUUUCUCAUUAAUUUUAUUUGCUUGUUUCAAAUGUGUUAUCUAAGUAGUACAUCAUAUUUAAUAAUUUUAAUCAUAAAUUUCAUCUCAAAUAUCAAGCCUUUAUUUUAACUUGUUUUUUGUUCACUAUUUGUAUUAUUUUAGUUUGUAUAUUGAUUGUAUAAGGAGAAAGUAUUGUGAGAAAAUUGAUUUGAAUAGAUCAAUUGAUAUGGAUUAUGAUAAAUAUAUAUUGCUGUACACCUGUGUAUUGCUAUUUAAUUAGUAGUAUCCUAGAAUAUUAAGGCCAAUAUUUACAUUCCUUAUCUUUAUUUGUGCCAUGUACCUGCUGCGGUUUAUAUUCGUUAGUUGGCCCACAAGCAAUAGCGGCAUUGAAUUUUUACAUUAUGUACAUAUAGAACAUUUCAUGUUAUCAUGUCACAUUUUAUUUAGCUUCUUGUCCUGUGAGAAAAUCUGGAAUUGCAAAUGUGUCAUCGCUGCCUUCAUUAUUCUUUAAUAUUUCUAACUCUCAGAUUACUAGUAUUAAAUAAAAAUUGAUGACAUUUGUGCACUUUCUUUAAAGUAAUGAUCAAGUAUUCGCUGGGAUUAUAUAAGUAAAUAUAAACGGUAAUUUAUAUUUGCAAUUCUGCUUCCUCACAGGCAUUUAAAAACAACAAAUACUUUAGAAAAAGCAUGGAAGUAUACUUUUAAAGUUUCGUUUAUUUAGUGAGCCAGCGAUUCUACUAUCUCACAAAUAUAUUUAAUAAACCUCUAACUCCCAUUUUGUGGUAUUUUGUAAUCUAUUGACCUACCGUGUUGUCCUGUGCAUGUUAACUGUAGACAUUGUAUUAAUGUGUAAGUUUUAUACGGACUGUAAUAACAAUCUUCCAUGUGCAGUAUAAAUAAAUUAGAUUUUGCUGUAAGGAAACCCUUUUUCUUGAAGAAUAAAAAUUUUUGUUUAGAGAAGUUUAUCAUUAACCAAGGAGGAUCUAGUUUGUUUCUAGCUAACUGGUGAUAUUUUUGAAACUAAUAAAAAGCUAGGUUACAAAGUGUACAAAAACGCUGUCUUCGAAUAUUUUUCAUUACACGUUUUUGUAUACAUUGAUGUGUUUGAAUCUAUAUAACUAAAAAUGCGGGAGGACUUUUUAAGCGUUCCCAAGUUAGAUUAAAUGAUGUUUAGCUUACUUUUAUAGUUCUCAAGGUUUAAGUAAUUGUAUCAUAAUGUUCUUAAUAAUUAUUCUAUAUUCUGAAAUAAAAAAUUUAUUAGUGAUUAAAAUUAUGAAAUUAAAUAAAAACCUUUCAUAAGGUUGGUUAUAUCGUAGAAUUGAAGUUAUACAAUACUGCACUGGUGAGCUUUGCUGUGACGUUUAAAUGUACAAAAAUAAAAUUGUCAAGCUUAGUGAAUUCAUCAGUUUCUUGUAAAAUUGUAUUUAAGGCUUGCACAUAUCAGUAUCGUAUUGCCCAGUGUAAUGUUGCAAUAUUUGUUUUCCAUUAUAUUAACAAUAUUUAUGCUUUGCUUUUGAUAAAUUCAUGUAACAACUACUUAAAGGCCUGUUGUAAACUACCUGCUGCAGUAGAAUAUUACUGCUGCAUGGUAGUAAAAAAUAUUAAAAGAUGAAUUUUUAAGUUAAUUGAAGUAACAAGUACUGUAGUGCACAAAAUGUCAUUCAAUAUGUGGUAAAUUCUAAAUAAAGGAUUAAUGAUAA